GUUUACGGCUGGUUGUUAGCCCUUUAGUAGUGUGAACAUUGGCGAUACAGAAAACUACAGCUCCCUACACAAAUAAGGGCGCCGUACUGAGAUUUGUUUUUAGCUUAGCUGGUACACACGAGUGAAAUUGUAACCGAGGGAAAAAAAAUUAUAAUUUUAAGUGUAUAUUGCUUUUCUCUAAACAUUGUCGCAAACGUCUUGCGCAUCCCCAUCUUUCUGGAGUUAAUUUGCUGCCAUGCCGGUGCACCGUGACCGGGAGAAGAAAGAGAUCACAGCAGAGGAGAUGGAGGUGGAGGAGCAGGAGCAAGAGGCGUCCAGCUCAGAGGAGGAGGAUUCUGACACUUCGUCUGUUUCCGAGGAUGGAGACAGCUCUGAAAUGGAUGAGGAGGACUGUGAGCGGAGAAGGAUGGAGUGUCUGGAUGAAAUGACCAACCUGGAGAAACAGUUCACAGAUCUCAAAGACCAGCUGUAUCGUGAGCGUCUCAGUCAGGUGAACAGCAAGCUGUCGGAGGUGGAGGCUGGCCGGGCAGCAGAAUAUCUGGAGCCUCUGGCUGUACUGUUGGAGAACAUGCAGGUCCGCACCAAGGUGGCAGGUAUCUACAGAGAGUUGUGUCUGGAGUCCUUGAAGAACAAGUAUGAGUGUGAGAUCCAGGCUGCGUGCCAGCACUGGGAGAGCGAGAAGCUGCUGCUGUUUGACACAGUACAGAGUGAACUGGAGGAGAAAAUUCGAAGACUGGAGGAAGACAGACACAGCAUCGAUAUUACAUCAGAGUUGUGGAAUGAUGAGUUAUCGGGAAGGAAGAAGAGGAGAGAUGCUUUGAGUCCAGAUAAGAAGAGGAGACGGCCUUCAGUGGUGUCUGGCCCAUAUAUUGUUUACAUGCUACCUGACUUGGACAUCCUGGAAGACUGGACAGCUAUCAGAAAGGCCGUGGCUACGCUGGGUCCCCACAGAGGGAAGUCCGACUCUGACAGCCCUGUGUUCCCAUUCAGACAAGACAGAAGCAGGCCCAUUCUCAACUGCUGAGGAACACACACAUACCCAUACACACACACACGUACAACAGACCCAAUACAUGCAAAUAUAUAUAUGGUUCAGUUCACUUUUGCGAGCAUGAAAAUGACACACAGCUGGACAUUUCUCUGAAUCUUCCCACAAUCCACUACACUCCUCUGCAAACAGUGGCACCAGUCGGUAAGCUGCCUCUCAAGCCAACGGACACACAAUAAGGACUCGCAGGUUUAAAUCCCUUUUAAAGGACAACAGGAAUAGAAGCAUUCAAUUUAGUGACGUUAGUACCCAGUACUUUUUGUUCAGAAUUGGGCUGUCGCUUUCAUUUGUUUCUGUUUACUCAGUGGAGAGGUAAGAGAUUUACCUAUUAAAGUUUCAGUUGGUAACGUUUGUAAAAAAUAACUUCUGCUGUAACUCAUUUUUGCUCAUACUAUCUGUAUCCUGACAGUAUGACAUGAGACAGUUAAUCUGUGGAAAAAGAAUCAUGUUCCUCUGCCUCCUCCUGGUGCUCCUAAUGGCAUUAGGAAAAUAACCAAUCAGAGCCGAGGAGUCUCUAACACAGUGUCAAUGGCUCGUGAACUGGUGUCUGUUAGAUGUAAAACGACAAAGUUACAGCUAAACAGUACACUAAAAUAUGUUUCUGGAAACAUUUAAGGCGAAAUAGGCUAUGUAGUAACAUAAUCUUGAUUCAUAUUUGAUCAGCUCUGCCUAGCUUUACAGUGGGGCCGCAGUUUACGAGCAGUCAUUGACACUGCGUUAGAGACUCCUCGGCUGGAGUGGAGUGGAGUUUUCCUCCAGGCACAGUGGAAUCUUGCAGAUGCCUUUAGGAGCACUAGGGGGAGGCAGAGGAACAGAGUAUCUGUCUCAACUACUACUGUCAGGAUAUAGUGACAGUUUCAGCAAAUAUGACAAAAAGUUAUUUUUUUUUUUUUAUAAAAGUUACCAACUGCAGCUUUAGUGGACAAUAAUAAAAAAAUGUGAUACCCAGAGUUCAACUUUUUAAAGAAAAAAAUCAAGCAUUGAACUUUUAUUUGGGGAUACUGGUGCUUUUAGACGUUUGUUUUUAAUCGAGAAUUCAAACCAGUAAGUUACAAUCCUGUCAGGUUCCACAUUAUUCUUUGUAAUUGUAAGCACUGAGAUUAUUGACGAAGCUUCCAAUGACAUAUGGGGAAACGCUGGUCUAUAUAUGAACCCGUUUGAUUGGGCCAUGACAUCUUUUAAAUAGUUGUACUUUUAUGUGGAUCAGUUUUAAUGUCUUAUAUGAGACUAAUUAUUACUUUUUCUUAUGGUGUUUUGAAUACAGUGGUUAGGUGGUAAUCCUAUGACAGUGUAGAGACCGAGUGUACAGUUUUGCACUCCACAGUGCCUACUUUUGAAGUCCAUUUCUCGUCACGUUCUUUUGGUUUUGUGAUGCAUCUUGCAUUUUUAAGAGUUGCAGUAAUUGUGGUUGAGACAAAUAACAGAAGUUAGUGAUAACAGUAAUUAAAAUGCUAGAUAAGGCAAAAGGUAUUUCAAGAUUGUGUGUGCAUACGUGACCAAGACAGACUUAGUCAGUACAUUCAGAAAUGAAUAAUACUUACACUUUCCUUAACCAUAUAAAUAUAAUCCAAAUUAUAUUUAUACUGGACUAUUUUAGGCUUUAACUAACCUUUUUCAAACUGCCAGUGUACUUCCUCAUACCACCAGCAUAGCAAAAAAAAAAAAAAGGGAUAUUUCAGUAGAUCAUAUACAGUUUUCGUGGGAUACCUGGGCAUUUUGAAUCUUUUUUUCCAUGACAAACUCUUUCAUGAAAUCCUAUAUUUUUGUUAACAUAGCUGGUUAUCUCCAUGUGGAUCGUCAA